CCCAAAAUGGUCAAGAAAGCCGGUGUUUUAGGAGCCACAGGCUCUGUGGGUCAACGUUUUAUUUUAUUGUUAGCUGAACAUCCCGACUUUGAGCUUCAUGUAUUGGGGGCCUCCCCUCGUUCUGCUGGAAAACAGUACAAGGAUGCUGUCCAAUGGAAGCAGACCGAUCUCUUGCCAGAAAAUGCUCAGAAAAUAAUAGUUUCAGAAUGUAAGGCAGAAGCUUUCAAAGACUGUGACAUUGUAUUUUCUGGUUUAGAUGCUGAUUACGCUGGACCCAUUGAAAAAGAAUUUGUAGAAGCUGGACUUGUUGUUGUCUCCAAUGCUAAAAACUACAGGAGAGAACCAGGUGUGCCCUUGAUUGUGCCUAUCGUCAAUAGUGAGCAUUUAUCUGUCAUUGAAAGGAAACUUGCUGUUGCCAAAGCUGAGGGUAAGUCCAAGCCAGGCUACAUCAUUUGUAUUUCCAACUGUUCCACUGCCGGUUUGGUGGCACCUUUGAAGCCUUUGAUUGAUGCUUUUGGUCCCAUUGAUGCCUUGACUGCUACCACUUUACAGGCUAUCUCUGGUGCUGGUUUUUCGCCUGGUGUUCCAGGCAUGGAUGUGUUGGACAACAUCAUUCCAUACAUUGGAGGAGAGGAAGAAAAGUUGGAAUGGGAAUCCAAGAAAAUCUUGGGAAAUCUCACCAAAGACGGCACUGACUUCGCACCUUUGUCUAACGACGAGAUGAAGGUUUCUGCUCAAUGCAACCGUGUGGCUGUCAUCGACGGUCACACUGAGUGUAUUUCUUUCAGAUUUGCAAAACACCCAGCUCCAUCUGUAGCUCAAGUUAAGAAGGUAUUGUCUGAGUAUGUUUGUGAGGCUACCAAGUUGGGCUGUCAUUCUGCUCCAAAACAGACAAUCCAUGUUUUGGAACAGCAGGACAGACCUCAGCCCAGAUUGGACAGAAACAGAGACAACGGAUACGGUGUUUCUGUUGGCAGAAUCAGAGAAGAUGCUGUGUUGGACUUCAAGAUGGUUGUCUUAUCUCACAACACCAUUAUCGGUGCUGCUGGUGCUGGUGUAUUGAUUGCCGAAAUUCUUAAGGCCAAGGACAUGAUUUAAUUUCUAGUAUAUAAUUGAACCUCUACAAAAGCAUUUUAGUAAUAUAGAUUUAAGUUU